GAAUAAAAUGGCGAUAUUGCGUGUAUUGUUAUCUGUCAGUUGCUCAAAAUCCUGUGGAAUCCAGACAAGUUUCGCGUUGUAACUACACAAUACAUUGCAAUUAUGGAGCAAUAAGCAUUUCAGAAGACGUGUUGGCUUGUUCAAGCCCAGACGACAAAGACUUUAGACAAGCAAACUCGGUCGUGACCUCCGUUUUUGAACUGCGACUCAAUAUUGUAAAAAAAAAAAAUUUAAACCGAACGUUAUAUAUUUAGUGAGGCGUUUCGUCAUUUUACUGGAUAAAAAUGUCCAAAGCGACCAAGCGUAAACAUGUCUUUGGUGAAGUGCUCAGUGAGUACGUACUACCAGAGGAUAAUCAGCGGAUCGUUAAGAUCAGUGCACCACGUGGUAAUAACCUCCAUGAGGUGGAAGCCCCAGGUGGGGAUAAAUUUCUUGUCAGCAUGCCUUCCAAAUUUAGGAAGAAUGUCUGGAUUAAAAGAGGUGAUUUUGUGAUCGUCGACCCUAUAAGUGAAGGUGAUAAGGUGAAGGGAGAAAUAGCAGUGAUAUUAUAUCCUAGACAAAUCAGAUACAUCAAGCAAGAGGGUAAAUGGCCUGUUGAGUAUAUGGAAAAAAGUCAACAAGAAGAGUCCAUGCCAGUGUCAACUUGUACAGUAGAGAACAUACUAGGUGGCAGCGAAGAAAGUGAUCGGUAUACCAGCGAGGAAGAAGAUAAUGAUGAUGAUCUGUUUGUAAACACAAAUAGACCCAAUAUAGUUUAUGAAUCGUCAGAUGAUAGCAGUGAAGAGGAAAGUGAUGAAGGGUUGGACCUUGAGGAUGACUACCAUCAAGAAGAGACCAAUGAUGCAGAUUUGAAAAAGGAUAAUGGAAGUACUAGUGAUGAGGAAGGAGGGAUUGAUAAAUAAAUAAAUAAAUAGAUUAUGAAUUGAUAGAUUGAUAGAUAGAUAUGAUAACCAUAAUUUCAAUACAUUAGUUUGCAGAUUCACCAAUGUAUUGUAUCUUUUCAUUGUUCAUAUAUUGUGGAUGUUAGUGAUUAGUUAUAUAAUCACUGAUACAAUAGAUUAUUUAACACGUAUAUCAAUUUCAGAAUGAACACUGUAGCACUUUAUUUUGUUUCAGUAUGUUGAUUUUGCUCUGUAUCCCUUAUCUCGUCAAGUCAAUGUAAAAUUGCAUGCAGCUGGCAGGAUAAGGUGUAUAGAAAAUGAUUCUGCCGUGUCCGUCGAGAAUAAGCAAGGCAAUAUGAAUACAAAUAAUCAACCCAGAUGACUGCGCUUGUACUCAAUGUGUACCGGUAUGUGAAUGAUUCAUUAUAAACUAAUUAUACACAUGUGUAACAAUCUUGAAAUUCAAGCCAGUUGUCCAUUUCAUUUGACAGUUCUUUACAAUUCCAAAACAAUGGACUUUUGGAUCGCACUUUGUAUGUGCAUGCUCGAUUCAUGCGUGCUCAUACAAAGCAGAAUAAUACUAUGACACUGACGAGAUUACAUAUAUGCCUUUUGUUUCACAGCCUCUUGACCAUUUUUUUAAUGUACACGUCAACUGUCAGGUACAUAUAUUAACUAUUUUGAAUAUCGAAUUGACUGAGCUCACAUUUGCAAUAGGACAGAAAAACGUAUAGCUUUUAAUAUACAUGUACAAUGUAUGUGUCAUAUACCAACCAUUACAGUAUUUGUAAGAUAUCUGGGUCAGAAGUUUGUAAGUAGGCAACCAUUACCAUAGCUUUGGCUGCGAUCAAGUUUUCAUCAUUUUAGGUCGUCAUUAAAUCUUAUCACAUCCAAUCAUUUGUUUAUAAAGCUUCUUUAACUUGAAAAAACAGGUUCGUUUUAUCGUUGAAUAUUAGAUUUUUCUGAAUGUUGAGUUGUAGGAUCCAUGUAGCUGAAUGCAGGGUACCCUCUCGAAGUAAAUACAUGUAGUAGCAAGAAAAUAAGUUAGUCUAACCACAACUAUUGAGGUAUACUAUGAGCUCGGGAGCACCCCAAAUAAAUAAAUAAACAAACAGUAAUUUUAAAAUACAAAAGGUAGCUCAACCAGUUCUCAAACUUCUUGAAUAGAUAAAACAAAAACCAAUAUUUCGACGAUGCUAGGAUCGUCUUCAGAAUAACAGCUCCAAUAGGAUGACCUGUAAACAAUUUGGGCAACCUAUACUGGUACCAAGUUUUUUUUAUCUCGACCUGGUAGCUGUCUUCUAUCACUGGUCACCUUCAUGCCCUAGUCCUAGUCCUAGUCCCACUCGUAUUACUUUCCAUAAUUAGAAAUCUGUCUGAAUUUGAUAGAAAGCACGGGCAAAUUAUUACAAGUAAAUAAACAGUAAUUUUAAAAAUACAAAAGGUAGCUCAACCAGUUCUCAAACUUCUUGAAUAGAUAAAACAAAAACCAACGUUUUGACGAUGCUUAGGAUCGUCUUCUUCAGAAUAACAGCUCCAAUAGGAUGACCUGUGAACAAUUUGGGCAACCUAUACUUGUACCAAGUUUUUUUUAUCUCGACCUGGUAGCUGUCUUCUAUCACUGGUCACCUUCAUGUCCCACUCUCACUUUUGUUACUUUCCAUAAUUAGAAAUUUGUCUGAAUUUGAUAGAAAACACGGGCAAAUAUUACAAGUAAAUAAACAGUAAUUUUAAAAAUACAAAAGGUAGCUCAACCAGUUCUCAAACUUCUUGA